GCUGUUUUACCUUUUUUACUGUCUGUGGCGUUGGCCUGUUCAGACAGGGGUGAAUACUGCUAGCUUACUAGAUGAACCAGUUGGUGCCAGACAAUUGUAUUAGUCUGCUAGUUUGUUAGCUAAAUAUAAUUGCUCUAUUUUGCUGGUAGUUCCACUUUAUGAAAUACGUCAACAUUGAGACGGGUUUUAGAAGGAGAAUUUCUGAUAGCGAUGACUUGUGACGUUAGCUAGCGAGCUAACGUUAACCUUCUGUUGUCGAGUAACCACGUUCCAGUUAACUCAGCUAGCACUACCUAGCUAUUAUGAUAGUGACCAAUAUUUUGGUCGUCACUCGGCAGUACUAAGAUUUCUUAAAACUAGCGGUCAUUUGGAUCAAGCUAAGUUAGAGGUUUUCGUGUGGCAUAGCUGAUUGGGUCCUAAGAAAUUUGUUGUAUGUGGCGGCAUUGUAGAUAACGUCAGCUAAUGUUAGCUAACGUUACAAAUGCUAACUGGCUGAAUUGACGUUCAUGUUAUAGCCUGCUAGCGUUGACUGAUAUCAUUUUACGAUAACAGCUGAAAUAGCCAGCUAACAUCAAUAGAAUCAACGAGCCAUGGAUAAGGCGGAUUUUUUAAAAGGACUGCCCGUGUACAAUAAAAGCAACUUCAGCAAGUUUCAUUCAGAUUCAGUGUGCAAAACAUCGAACAGGAGACCCUCAGUCUAUCUCCCAACACGCGAGUUUCCCUCAGAACAGAUCAUCGUCACUGAGAAAACAAACAUUCUAUUGCGAUACCUUCAUCAACAGUGGGACAAGAAAAAUGCAGCUAAAAAACGGGAACAGGAGCAAGCCGAAGGGGAGAGCCCUGCUCCUCCGAGGAAAAUCGCUCGGACUGGCAGCCGUGAGAUGAAUGAGGACUCCUAGACUUUUUCCCUGUUCACCACAUGUGAUCAGCCACAACCUGCUGGACAUGUGGCUGUUCAAGGAUUAACAAGCACACAGGCCAAGACAGCAGAUACAGACAAUGGAUAAAGUACAGCUUGCUUUAUCUGAGAUUGUGAAGCUGGUUUAUUUUUGGAGAUUGCGUUGUGUUUCCUUUUCUUUAAGUGCAACUCAUUACAACUGUUCAUUCUCAGUUGUCUUGCAAUGGCUGAGUUUUCUGGCAUAGUGGCAAGAUAUGUUGACCAGUUUUGUCUUCAGCCCUUCAUUGGCUGACAACACUUGCUUGGCACACUGUAAUGUUUUUGUCCUGAUCUCAUCGAUUCAGUAAUUUAUUGAAGUCUUGAAUAAAGUACUAUUCUAUCAAGUACACACGUGGAUUUAAAAUACUGAAAGCAGUGUUGCUUGAGUUUACAUGUCAAGUGUUAUGGUCUUGCCAGCUCCAGCUCUUGGGUUUUGUUCGAGGCAGAUAUUACUCUGACAUAUUCAACUCUGGUGUUAUUUAAUGCUAUAUUCUCUCUCAUAGCAUGUUUUGAUCAUUGAGGGAUGUGCGCACACACAAUACAUGAUGAUGAGCCUUAAUUGAAUAAUUUGAGUAAUCUUUAUAAAUAGUGUUGAAUGGUAAAUUUGUACAGAAUUUAAAUGUUAUAUGGGAGAGUAGAUCUGUAUAAAAAAGCCUUUGUGUCUCUGUGUGUACAUCUGUUGUGAAGAUCCUAUGAAGCGCAAAUCCAAUGGAGGUUUGCGGACACUCCACUUUUUGUCUAUUUGUUACAGACCUUAAACGUUUCAGUAGCAUGCAAAACCAGAGUGCCACUGCCAAGAUUGCUAACAAUAGUCAUGUCCACUCUGUGUCUACCUGUCCAAAUUGUUUAAAAGAACAUGCAUCAUGUUUGCCAGGCCUUUGGUGAAGAUGAUCAAGCUUCUAAACCCACUUAAUUUCCUGUGUCCUAUGUACAUUGACAUUGUAACAAUGUGUUGAUAUUAUUGGAUUUUAGGCAUAUCACAAUGUAUGUGUAGGCUGCAUUUAUCUAACAUUCAUAAAUCACUGAUUAUUCUGGUCAGCCACAACAAGAUCAGGCAUUUGUAAAGGAUUUUUUCUGGCUAUACUUAUGAGUUGGAAUUUUUAAAUAAACAUGCUUUAUUUUGUCAUCUUUUCUAUGCUCUUCUU